AUGUCUCUCGGGCUAGCAGCAUGGGCCCUUGUGCUUGGAGAUGCGGUUGCACUUACUGGUAUCCUGGUCAUGAGCUUUACUACACCUCUACUGUGUAUUGGAAUGCGCUGGAAACCACAAAUUUUCUGCCGCAAGACCCCUUUCAAAGAUGUUGUACUCAGAUCUCAAAACGGAUGCAUCACAGUUGUGGAAUGUGAUGAGGAAGUCGCGCGCUAUCUCUACUUCCAUCCGGUACAUAUUGAGUACACGGUCAGCUCUUUGUGGGGCGCGGCUUAA